AUGCCGCAAAAAUUAAACACAGGUCCUUGUGGAAUAAUCGCUUGUAAUAAAACCAAUGUAAAAUUUAGAAGAAUUACACCGCUUGCACUUAAAAAAUUAAAAUCAUCACCAGAUUAUGAGGACGUAAGAUAUCUAAAAUUAAAAGAUCAAAUUUGUCAUAAUCAUUAUAUGCAAUAUGUUGAACCUAUUCAACGUAGACAUGUUAUUUUAAUAUUAAAUGAUUUAAUAAUUUCUUAG